CUCCUAUUAUACGUCAUCAGCGGCAAGCCCUUUGAGGACUGGGCAUGACGUUCGCCACGAAAACGAGGUUGGAUUCUCAACGAUGGCGACAGCUGAGACGCGAACAGAAGAGAAAGUCUCAGAAGAAAAAGUCUCAGAAGAAAAACCAGGGAGCAAUGACACACCAUUACCAAUGAAUUCAGGGGCAGCUGCACGAGAAGUCCCAGCAGAAGAAAAUGUGGACAUGGACACAAAAGAUGAAAAACCAGUUGGUAAUGCUGCUCAAGUAUCAGAUGAAACAAGUGUAAAAGCUCCUGUAGAACAAGAACAACCAAAUGUCAAGGCAGAAGUUGAGGAAGAGAGGCAAGGAGAAAUCCUGGCUUUCUAUGGCGAAGAAGAAACCCGUAAUUAUGACAGCCCAGAUCCAGGCCCUGCAGUGGAAAAAGAUGAAGGAUCCACCCAAGAAAAGCCAACAACUGAGGAGGUUAAGGAAGAGAAACCCAAAGAGGAAAUUCCAGAGGAAGAGCCACUCCCCGAAAACAUGGCCAAGUGUGAAUUCUGCCACUACAUUGGAAUAAGGGAAUCCUUUUUCUCAAAGUCCAAACGCUUUUGUAAAAUGGAAUGUGCGAAAAGAUACUCAUCUGCGUCCAAUAUUAAACAGAAGGCAAAAGGAGACAAGAUUGGGACUCCAAAAAAGAAACACAGAACUUCAGACAGACACCAUAAAGUUUCUUUAAAACUCGAUCUUCUUUCUAACCUAGUGACUGUUUUGUCCGAUACAGCAAAGUGUGAAUUCUGCUGCUACAUUGGAGUAAGGGAACACUUUUUCUCAAAGUCCAAACGAUUCUGUAAAAUGGAGUGUGCAAAAAGAUACUCUGCAUCGAAUAUUAAAAAGAAGUCGAAGGGAGAAAAGAUUGGAACGCCGAAAAAGAAACACAGAACUUCGGAAAGACACGCACACAAUACAAAUGCGGCAGCUGCUGCUGCUGCUGCUGCUGCUGCGUCGGCAGCAUCGUCAGCUUCUACUGCAGCAGCAGCGUCUGGUGUGCAAGAAGUGAGUCAAGAUGGGCAGCAGGAAGAAGCAGAACGUUCGGGAGCAAGUGCGACCCCUUUGUCCCGAGAAGAUGUUGGUGAAAACUGGCAGAAUCGUAGCUUUGACUGGACAGAAUACCUCAGAAAAACCGGAGCGAAAGCUGCCCCUACUCAUUAUUUUGAGCAUGUAAGUCUGAGCCCUUGUUUGAAAGGCGUACAUGUUGGCAUGAAAGUGGAAGUCGUAAACUGCAGUAUGGAUGUCGUAGAUGAUACAGAUGUUGCUUUUUGGGUGGCGACCGUGAUUGAAAUCAAACACUACAGAGUCAAAUUACGGUAUGAAGGGUACGAGGUAAACCCUGCAGGCGAUUUUUGGUUUGAUCUGAGGUCAAAGAACAUCCAUCCAGUUGGUUGGUGCGCCAAGAGAAAUAAACUGCUCAUACCGCCUCCAGCUAUCAGAGAGAAAUGCGCCAACUGGAGGGACUACCUCUUCAAAUGUCUCUCAGGAGCCAAGACUUUCUCGGUUGAAUUUCUUCAACAACUGCAAAGCCAAUCUUACAACAGAUUUCAGAAGGGCAUGAAGGUGGAAGUGGCCGAUCGUAAGAAUAUGUACUCCAUGUGCGUGGCGACCAUAGUUGAUGUGAUCGGAGACCGCCUGAGGAUGCGGUAUGACGGACUGGAUGACGAUGUGGCUGAAGACUUCUGGUGCCACUACCAAUCGGCUGAGAUUCAUCCUAUUGGCUGGUCAUCCCUGGUUGGACAUACUUUGCAGCCACCCAUUGGCUGGAAACACAGUCUCAGCAAGUGGAAUGAAUUCCUGGCGGAUGAUUUGGCAAACUCAUUAGAUGCACCUCAGGAAUUUUUUGUACAGGACUCUACGGGAACAGCCCCUGGCGUUCACCAGUUUAAAGUGGGCAUGAAAUUUGAGGCUAUCGACCCGUUCAACCCGAGUCAUGUGUGUGUAGUGACGGUGAUCAAGGUCCUGAGGUUCAACUACUUCGUGCUUGGAGUCGAUUCUCUGGCGACUUACUUUGUGUGUCACGCUAACUCAAUUAACGUGUUCCCCUGCGGAUGGGCUAAGGCUCACGGGCUGCAGUUACACCCGCCCAGAGAUUAUACCCAAGAGGCUUUUAGCUGGCCGGAAUAUCUUGCCAAGACGGGUGGCAUCGAAGCCCCACCUCAGCUCUUUCGACAGGAGCAAAGGGGUGAAAACAAUUUUAAAAUUGGAACCAAACUUGAAGCAGUGGAUCUGCGCGAACCCGCCCUCAUCUGCCCUGCAACGGUAACAGACCUCAAGGGACCCUUGCUGAGAAUCCAUUUUGACGGCUGGGACGAGUCCUACGAUCAGCUGGUGGAUAAAGAUUCGUUGGAUAUUUUUCCUGUCAGUUACUGCACCUCUGUUGAUCAUCCCCUGCAACCUCCAGGACCAAUGCCUGAUAAAUUUGUCGAACGUUACGGUCCAGUUACGGAUGUCGGCCGUCAAUCAUUGCCCAGACCCCUGAGUAGGCCUGUCAAAAGACGAACAUCCGCUGACGACGAUGGACAAAAGAAAAAAACCAAAUCGCUUUACCCCCAGGAGGAGGUAUAUCUGAACAAGCGCUGUUUCCCAGGACCGCUCUUAAGCCGUGACUUAGUGCGCAGUCUCCCUGAUGCAGUCAGAGGCUCCGUGGUAGGACCUGAGAAGCACAACAUUAUGCGACUGUGUAUGCAGCACUUGGUCUCCGCGUCUAUCAAUCCCAAACAGGUCCUGGAGUUGUUUAGCCGCGAGUUUUAUCAGAGCAAGAAAAACAGAGAAUUCCAACUUGGGGGAACAGUGUGCAUUGAGACUAAGAGCAAGAAUGGCAAGCGGCUCAUGAGGCGUGUCCGCGUUGUGAAUAAAGCGGAACAUCUUCAGCCGUAUUUGCAGCGAGUCUGUCAAGUGCUGGGGUGCUGCUCGGAGCUUGUCAGUGCUACGCGCUACGCUCUCGGCUCCUGCAAUCAGAGCAGCUGUCUUAAAGGGAAAGACAAUGGUGUGACAUCGUCAAGCGAUGGCCGCGCCCUCCAAGAAACAACCCUUGAUGUUCCGCACCCACCCAUCGCCCCACCCAGGAUGAAAGGCCAUCACGACUCAGCUGUUUGGCUACAGCCCUUGGAGAGAGAAUCUUCACACGACUCGAUGGUGUCGUCCACGAGUAACCUUCCCUCUUCGUCCGCAGCGCAAGAGUCAGACGCAGCGUCAGUUCUGUUGUACCAGAGCUGUAACAGCGGAAAAGAUCCCCGGCUGUGGAACGUGCAGGAGGUGAUGAGCUUCUUGUUCUCCAUCGGCUGUUCGAAUUACGUGGAUGCUUUUGAGAAACAGGAGAUUGAUGGUCGCGCACUUUUGUUAUUGACGCAAGAAGAUAUGGAAAAGCUAACUGAAAACAAACUCGGCCCUAUGACGAAAAUCCAGAGCGCAGUCAAGGCUCUUAAACAAGCGUGGGGCAUUUGAAAAUAUGAAUCAAAAUUAUAUCGUAAACACUACAGUUUUUAUUUCAAAUUUAAUGUAAUCGCAGUCUCCUGAGUGGGAACGUUUUUGUAGUAAUAUUUUAAUGCGUUUUUUCUACUUUGACCCUACAGUCUCAACGCCAACAGGCAAACUCUCUCAACUGGCUGACAUAGAUAAAUAUAUUCCCUGUUUUCAAAAACGUUGCAAUUUCAAAAACAUAUAGAAAUAUAUACACCUUUUGUUUUGAGAAAACAAAAGGUACAUAUAUUUCAUGUGUAUUUUCAAAUUGCAACGCUUAAGGGAACGUGUGUGUGUAUACAUAUAUAUACAUACAUGUGCAUAUAUAUAUAUAUACUACAAGCUGGAGGAGGGUGCAUUUUUAUCAAAACGGUUUCUCCUCAGUGAUGAUUUUGGUUUUCUCGUUUCCUCCAUGCUCGAUAAUUAGUGAGAUUUUGAGGAGAAGCUCUGUUUUGAUAAUUGUUGGGGCUCAGUAGGGUUGAGGUUCGGUAAUGUAGGAGGCCACCCUGACAGUGAUAUAAACACAGGGUGGAAUCAAAAGAUAACAGUUAUAGGAUCGGGAACAAUCAACAGCCACUUUUUGAGGGGUGCUGUCUUUCAUUUCAUAGUGGCUUUAGGGACAGAAAUUUUCAUGAUUUAAGUACGCAUUGAACUCUAUAGCUGACAGAAACUCUUUCAAAUGAUUUUGAGCAGUCACAUUACGGUUUCAGCUUCUUGAAAGGUUUCGACUGAA